UUUUGUUUUAUCUUUCUCGUCUCUCUCUUGUCUUCUCUCUUCUGAUACCAUUGAUCGUCGAUCAUCACUUAAAUACAAGAAUCUCUCCUUCGAUUCCGCCGUUUAAUCCUUCGAUUCCGCCAUUUCUACCUCCAUCUUCGACGCUUAGAGCCUAAUCUCCGGUGGUGAAGCCGUCGUCGCCUUUUGUACCGGCUUCGUUCGUGUUCAGAGAUUCGUCGGUCUUUGCACUACAGAAUAUGGAAGAGGUUGCUGAUCCUGUUAAUAGUGUUACCCUUACUUUGCAUGAUGAUAAGCAAUGCGCGUUAUGGGACUGUAUGCGUGUCCACGCAGAUGGUUCUCGGUAUUGCUGCAUACCACACAUGGACUUUGCCCUUGCAGAAAGGACCAUUCAACGACCACAUAACAUGGCCAAUGUUCGUUCGUUUAUACAGUUGGAUAAGCUUGUUAUUCCAAAACUCGUCAACCAUUUAAGAAACCCGGCACUCGGUAUCACUGGAAUAUCCAAUCUACAACAUCUAAACGUUCUGAAUGCCUCUCCCCUUGACCAACACAUACGGUUCCCAACUGAUCUUGAUGAGAGGGAAGAGUUUAAUAUUUGGGUUUUCAUUUGGCGAUUUGUUCCUAACCGACAGCUAUGGCGUCAGGGAAAUGAUACACGUCGAGGGAACUAUGUCAGAACGCGUUUCUAUCGACUCUUCCCUGCGGUUGGUGGAACAUCGUGGAGGUUAUUUAGGUACACAAUCAACAGUAAUACAGUUGCACUUUACGCAAUGGAGUACUGUAAGUCACUCGCUCAUCCACCGCCCGUCGUUGGCGUCUAUUACAGGAGAACUUGUGUCAAUGCUUCUGAUGGAGUAGAAUAUUUGAAUUCAGCCACAGUAACUGAUUUACACUCGAGCAAGAACAAGACGGAACAAAACGAGAUGCAUUCAGAAUUUCUGGCCAACAAGGGAGUACAGCAUCAUACACCAGCUCGGGACUUAAUGGCCUACAGUGAUGGUAUGAUAAGUCCCGAGCUGGUGUGA